AUGGCGGCACUGAAGGAGGAUCGGAGCUACGGGCUGUCGUGCGGGCGGGUGAGCGACGGCAGCAAGGUGUCCGUGUUUCACGUGAAGCUCACCGACAGCGCCCUGAGAGCCUUUGAGACCUACCGCUCCAGCCAGGAUUCUGUUUCACUGAGACCAUCAAUUCGAUUUCAAGGAAGCCAAGGGCACAUCUCCAUCCCCCAGCCGGACUACCCCUCAGAGGCUCGGAUCUUCUCCUUCUACCUCUCCAACAUUGGCCGGGACAGCCCCCAGGGCAGUUUCGACUGCAUCCAGCAGUACUUCUCCAGCCAUGGGGAUAUCCACCUGGACUGUUUGGGUAGCAUCCAGGACAAAAUCACAGUGUGUGCCACCGAUGACUCCUACCAGAAGGCACGGCAGAGCAUGGCACAAGCCGAGGAGGAGACACGGAGUCGGGGUGCCAUUGUCAUCAAGCCUGGAGGCCGCUACCUGGGCAAGAAGGUUCAGUUUAGGAAACCAGCCCCAGGGGCGACGGAUACUGUGCCCUCCCGGAAGCGGGCGACCCCCAUCAACCUGGCAAAUGCCAUCAAGAAAAGUGGUAUUAGCGGGGGCGGUGGGGUAUCUCAGAGGCCUUUCCGUGACCGGGUGCUACAUCUUCUGGCACUGAGGCCCUACCGGAAGGCUGAACUGUUGCUGCGGCUACAGAAGGACGGCCUGGCGCAGGCAGACAAGGACACGCUGGACAGCCUCCUCCAGCAGGUGGCCAACAUGAAUACCAAGGAUGGCACUUGCACACUGAAGGACUGUAUGUACAAGGAUGUGCAAAAGGACUGGCCUGGCUACUCAGAGGGGGACCAGCAGCUGCUAAAGCGCGUGCUUGUCAGAAAGCUGUGCCAGCCCCAGAGUGCAGGUGGCCUCCCUGGAGAACCUGCUGCCGCCAGCCCUCCGAGAGAGCACGGGAGCUCGGCCUCACCCCCCCAGAAGCGUCCUCAGCCUCCUGAUUUCAUUGACCCCCUGGCCAACAAGAAACCAAGGAUAUCGCACUUCACCCAGAGAGCUCAGCCUGCCGCCAAUGGGAAGCUGAAUGCGCCCCAUGGCCGGGAGGCCCUGCUGCCCACCCUUGGCCCACUGGCGGGCACAGAUGCCCACCUCCCCCCACGGCUGGAUCCUCCGAGGGCACACGACCCUCUGGCUGAUGUCAGCAAUGACCUGGGCCACAGCGGCCGGGAUUGUGAUCACGGGGAAAUGGCCACCCCAGCCCCUGCGUCCUGCCUUAGCCUUCCCCUGCUGAAGGACUGCGCCCAGCCCAGCAGGCCCCACGGUGGCUUGUCUCGCGGCAAGUCCAAGAAGAAGUCUAAGAAGCACAAGGACAAGGACAGGGCAGCUGGGGACAGGCAUCGAGCCCGGCCGCCAGAACUCGUGUCUGGCUCCCUUGGAGCCCCGCCAGUCAACCUGGGUUUAAAUGGGACCUGCAACAGCUCAAGUGUCCCCACGUCAACUUCAGAGACACCAGACUACUUGCUAAAAUAUGCCACUAUCUCCUCCUCAGAGCAGCGCCAGAGCUACAAGAAUGACUUCAACGCGGAGUACAGUGAGUACCGAGACCUGCACGCCCGCAUCGAGCAGAUCACACGGCGGUUCACGCAGCUGGACGCCCAGCUCCGGCAGCUCUCCCAGGGCUCCGAGGAGUACGAGACUACUCGUGGGCAGAUUUUGCAGGAGUAUCGCAAAAUCAAAAAGACCAAUACCAACUACAGCCAGGAGAAGCACCGUUGUGAGUACCUGCACAGCAAGCUGGCCCACAUCAAGAGGCUCAUUGCUGAGUAUGACCAGCGGCAGCUGCAGCCCUGGCCCUAG